ACUGCAUACCUUCUUGAAUGUGACCAUGGACGCUGCCGAUGCUACGAAAAGUCAACAUCUUCCCAGGUACUCACUCAUACGCAGUGUACCAAGGUCAUAGCAGAUGCCUCCCGACACGGGACAUUCCUCUUCAUUCUCCAUGCCAUCCCAUCCCAUCCCAUCCCAUGCUCUGGUCCAUGGAUCCCAGCCCAACCCCCAGUGGGGUGUAAGUGGGCAGAUUGGCCACACCCCACCACAGUUCCAAGCCCGUCUUCCUCUUCCGCCUCUCGAUUCUCAAGUCUCUUGAGUCUGCAGUGCUGCACAUCGUACCCCUGGCCCGCUGGGGUUUAUUCGGUCUGUCCAUCCAAAUCACCCGGUUGGACGCGCUUACAGCAAGUUUGGCAAUUGGCUUUUUCAUUACUGUUAUCGCUUUGUAUCUUGUUCCAUCAGGAAGCCCAGUCCCGCAGUCAGAGGCCAGAAGCCGCAGCAGCAGCAAAGCACCCCAUCUUUCAAUCUCUGACCCUUAGCUCCUCUUUGCCCGUCCGUUACCCAACCUAG